AUGGCCCAUGAGGCCUCAUGGCCGCCUCACUCCCCGCACGCUGCUCUCCUCAGCUCACCCAGUGGCCGCAAGAAGUACGAAGCAAUGCGGACCUCGCCCACGAAAAGAUCAAAUACCACUCCCAACCUGCUCGACCGCGUUCGUGCAGCUCGCGGCGAAAGGAACUCCGAGGUGAACGACGACGACGGCGACGGCGACGACUAUGAUGUCGAAGAUGACGAAGAGAUACUGCAGCUGAAAUUGGCAGCGAUAGAGGCCAAGCUGAAAUUGAGAAAAUUACAACAGAGCAAGAGUCGAGCGCAAACACCAGCCAGGCCACUCUCACGUCCUGGUUCCUCGCAUGGGCCCUCCUUGUCGAACGUAAAUGCAGGCCAAUGGCAUGAGAAGCCGACCGACAGCCUCACUUCUAUCGAAGUCCCCCUGUCUCCUGUCAGACGGUUGCAACCGGCAACACAGCAAAAGUCCCCGUCAAGGGUUUUACUCGGAAUCGACAAAGGGGUUCGCGCGGUUGAUGUAUCAUUAAAAAGGGCGAACACCACAAGCGGUGCCAGGCACAGACCCAGGGCGACUCUAACUUCAAGUAACGAUAGACCUUCACGCUCAUCUGCUUUCAAUUCAUCGCGUUCUACCACUUCGGCUAAAUCAGCCAGUGAAGUAGAGAGAAGAAAGCCCUUCAGCGAACGUAUGGCAGAAGCUCGCAAGAGCGAAACUGAUCUCUCUUCUCGGCGAGAAGCUAUUGCCCGGAACCGCAGCAAAGGAUUCGUCAUCGAUCACGCUGAGCUUGAAACGUAUCGCUCAGCCUCAGAGCAGUCUGCUGUUCUUGAUGCCCAAAGGUCCCCCACACGUUUAAGUCAAUACGUAGAGUACUCUCGAGAGGAGGUUCUCCAUGUUGUAGGACAGCCAAGUUCUGGCGACAGAACUCUCAAGAAGAGCCGGACAAUGCCAAAUCUACGAGAAACACCGUCUCGACCAACAUCGGUGGAUUCGGGGAGUCCUAGCGCUCAAGGAGGAGACCCUUCACUGUACGAAGGCUUCUCACAAUUGCACCUGUCUUCCCGAAUCCUGCCUCAUUCAUUCCUGAAGCGCACAUUGCCUGCAGACCGAUUCUCAACCUACCGGAUCCCAGACCUCUUGAGAGAAAUCAAAGCUCCAGGGUACGAACUACCCGAAGAAGUCUGCGAUUACGUGAUUUUUGGGAUCAUUGCCUCGAAAUCCGGGGCCAUGGACCAUAAACAGCCUGCCACGGACGACAAGACAGUCAGCACUAAAGACUGGCAACGGAAGUGGGAGGAUGGAUCCCAGAAUCAUCGGAGGUUCAUGGCUAUCACAUUGACUGAUCUGGCAUGGUCCGUCGACCUCUAUCUUUUCGGCAAUGCUCUACCUCGCUACCAUCGCCUCAGCCCCGGAACAGUCGUAGCAAUAUUGAACCCAGGCAUCAUGCCCCCGAAGCCAGGCAGGGAAGAAACUGGUGCUUUCAGCCUUUCCUUAAGCGGAGGUGACGACACUGUUCUCGAAAUCGGUACAUCACGGGACUUGGGAUUCUGCAAAACCCCGAAGAAAGACGGCAAAGAAUGCGGAAGCUGGGUCGAUGCUUCAAAGACCUCUAUCUGUGAAUGGCACCUAAAUGCCGAGCUGACGAAGGCCCAAUCAAGCCGCAUGGGAGUCAACACCGGCUCGAACGGGUUUGGAGCCAACGGUCUCGGAGUAGGUGGUAGAAGUCACUUCGAAAGGGGACGAAAUGGCCGUGGCGGAGAAAGAGGCCUCAAAAGCGAGGGCCAACAGUACGAUCGCCGGACCCAGAGCAAUUUCUAUAUCUCCAGAUCAAACACCACUGGUUCGAAGCCCGGACCCAAUGAUGCUCGCUUCACGCAGUCAAAUCCAUUCGGCGGUCAAGAUCACCUAGACCGCAACAAGGACGAGCGAAUCCGCAGGCGCUUUGCAGCCCAGGAGAAAGAGCGCGAGAUCGCAGAGAAACUCGGCGGCCUGGGUGGUAACAUGGGCUUCGGCGGUGCUGGUGCAGAGUAUCUCCGCCAGACGGCUCAGAAUUCCGCGCAAGAAUUAAGCAAAGACAACAGGAAGAAGACUAGACCAGGUCACCCUACCUACUCGAACCACGGCUCCACUGCUACCACCUCCCAGUCUGGAGAUCCGGAUAAAGCAACCCAACGUUCAGCUCUCGCAACGCGCUCGAACCUGCUGUACGUACCAGGCUCGAAUUCUAACGGAAAGCGGAGGGCAGAGAACGUGCGUCUUUCGCCAGUCAAGAAGACGCGCUUCGUUACGGAGAAGGGGAUCCGCGAGGCAGGCAGGGAUAGCCUAGGCGGCGCCUCUAAUCUUGGAGGUGGAGGGGCGGACAGUGACGAUGACUUGGAGAUUGUCUGA